AUGGCGCCAGAACCAGAAAACAGCAGCCCCGAACCUAAGCCAAAGCCCGAAUCGUCUGCUGAACCAAAAACCUUGUUUCCGGAGAUCAUGACCAAUCAAGAGGCUUUCCUGAUGUACGGAGUGUUCAUCUUCGCCCUUACUGUCUUCUGUAUCAUUCUACUGGUUCUGUUCAUACUGCUGAAGAAAAAGUUAGUUGUUUUAGAUUACUUAUUAAUACUCAGCAGUUUCCUCUGACGAUUUAUAACACUGUACUGAUUAGAAAUAAAUAUUAAUUAGAGAAUAGCCGACAACAUCAUUGCCUAUACGUGUUUGGCUCAAGCAAGAUUUUAUUUUAAUCGAUUCGACUCUUUGUGGUCCUUUGAUGGCUUGCAUGGUUAGUCAUUACAUUAUCAGUACGCAGUCGAUGAUUAGCUACAAACAAAUCUAGAGUCACGAAUCUCUGACUCAGAAACUUUUUCAUCGGCCUUGCAUGAAAAACUGACCUGAUAUUUUCUUAGGGAUAUGAGCAUUAUUUGUGUAAUUCAUCUCGACUUGUUUCUUUAACCAAUUAAACGACUCGUUCUGAGAGCUCCUUGGCGCACCGAACAAAUAGGGCAUUUCACAGUUGUGUGCUUGGUGACCUGGCCGUUGAGUGAAAAAGAGGCUGGAGUUAUUUUGACUUUGUUCUGAUACAAACUCGACCUUUUUUUUCUCAUGUAAAACUGUUGUAAAUGACCUUGUUUUCAUGUUAAGUUACUAAACUGGAGGUAAAGUCGUCUUCAUUUCUAUCUAAUUUAACGCUUGAUAGUUAAGCAUUAUUCUUUCAUCGGUGUUUCGUUACUUGUUAUUCUUUAAUUGGCGUUAUUAGGACACCUGCUCUAAGAGAAAGACGUGAGUUGCAAAAUGCAUGAGAAUUGGCUAAUUUGUGUUAUACGUAAGGCUUAAUCCCUCUUACUGUUGCUUUAUUUUAGGGUCAGGAAAAUAGCAAGCUCGCUUGGACCCAUGGACAUGAAAAUCCAGCAUGGUUAGUCCAGUUUCCUGAAUUUCUAGUGUUAAUAAUUUUUACUUAUCAUCUACUUCUUUUACUUUGCACUCACGACAUGCUUUCAAAGAUGCGAUUCAAAUGCCUGAAAGAUUUCUCUUAGGGACCUCCCCCUUCCCGACGGUAACUCUUGAAGAAUUUGAGGGGGGUUAUGCGGUAUGUUUUUGAACCCUACUUUCAUUCAGACCAAAAUUAGUGAUGUUUCCUUUCCCACGUCUCUGAACAGCUUUUCCCAUGAGACGAAUGAACAACCAAUUCCCGCCACUGGUUCCAGGGAUCACAAAGCCUUACCUUAUAUCAGAGCCAAAUGGCUAGAAUUCAAUUUCAAAGUGGUCAAAACCACUUUUGGCUCUUCUAUUCUUCCCUGUAAAUCUGAACCACUAUCUACCUUCCGUUGUUUUUGGACACUCCCACCAUCGUAGCCUCCCACGUAGGUGUUUUUAGGGGAGUUGUAUUUCCUCCCUCCCCACAAAUAUGAAUUUGGUAGGUACAAUGUGAUUGGCUAAGAGGCGGAAAGGAAUGUUGGUCUUGGGUUAGCAGGCGUGGGGAGAAAGGAAAUACGACUCCCCUAAAAACGCCUGCGUGGGAGGCUACUGGUAGCACCAUCGUCGAACAAAAAAUAACUAUAGAGCGCUUUCACUCGCGUGACCAGCACCUAUGAAAAUUGAUCGGAACAAAAGAAAGCGUUUACAUAAAAAAAGAUUUCAACUAACACAGGACUGAUUUGGAACACCAACAUGGCCGCCGUGACGUCAUGUGAAAACGCUCUGUACUUCUCAACGGCAACCAUUCUUGCUAUGUUAUUGUCUUAGCCUCCCAACCCUAGAAAAUAUUAAAGUUAAUAAUAAAAAAUUAUGUCAAAUCAGCCUCAAGAUAUUUUUCCGUUAUUCCUUUAGGCAUCUGAUCUUCAUUGAUGACGCCGGACAAGGCACUAAAAUGGGGACCCCCAAAAGUUUUAUUAACCGUUCAUAGAUAUGCAAUCAUGCAAGAUACAUUAAAAAUAUAAAUAGUCUGAGUGCCUCAGCGCUGCGCUGUAAAUUUGCUGCAUAGCAUGUAAAGUGAAGAUUUUGUUCUCACCUUGAAUGUUUAAGACGAAGCGUCAAUAUCUUUACUCGCAUAUGUAUUGCAUACUAUAUGGCUGUGCCUGAAGAAAUAAAGAAAGCCCCAAUAUUAUCCGUCUUCUUUAAAGAUUUAAUUCCUCGACGAUCAUCUCUGUCCCCUUUACAGCGGAGGGCCCUGGGCUUAUUUUUAUCAAGGUCACUUUCGAGUACCUAAUAAAGUGAAAUGUUAGUUUAUUUCUCUGUGAGUAAGAAAGAAAUAACUGUUUUUAAAAUCAUUAGUUUAGUUCUAAAUACAAUCGCGCAAUCAAUUUAACUUUCUAAAAAGCGCAGUAGCUGUAUAUCUACGACUAAAUCUUUCAAGUUUUUUUCUAUUAUCAUUACCAGCCCACGAUAGCCUGUAAAUGUUUUGAUAGAAUCAAGAAUAAGCAUGAGUAUGCAGCUUCUUGGAACGAAAAUGAGUUUUAGUCGCAUGAAAGUAAAGGCCUAACUUACAUUUUACCAUGAUGUGAAAACCGUCAUAUUUUUACGUUUGUCAAUACCAAUCUGCGUAAGAGAGGUCUAGGGCGAAUUUGAUAGGGGAGACUAAACUGAACUCUUUUUGUGCUUCUUGCCUUGCGAGCAGUGAUUUGAAUUUAAAACGAAAAAAACCUGACUUUUUUAGACUCUAUAAAACAUAAACAGAGUGUUUGUUUCUACCAUAGCUGUAGCUAAUUUUAUACCGUAAACUUCCGGUUGUAAGCCCCUUAUUUAUAGGCCCGGGGUCUACCUGUAAACCAAAAAAAUACAUCUGACUAUAGCCCCCCUCCUCUCCCCCCGAAUAUAAGCCUCCACUCACGUCCUGUAUUAAAAUGAAUUCGACUUUUUACGACGUUUAGAAGCUUAAAGCGAUCAAAUUUAAAAAUUAUUUUAAUCAGCAAUGCUAUGUAACUUGGUUUGAAAAACUUUUCUUGGUCUGAGUAUUGAAAUGACCCAAGACUUGGGAGGUUUCGCCUUGCUGUUAGUAGCAGACUAACAUCUGGAGUAGCUCUACAGUAGAAUAGUAUGCCAUCUAGACAAGGGGAGAACUAUCCCCACCAAUAUAUGUAUGCGGACCAAAACUGCAACAAAAUUGAUUGACUUUUAAUUUCUUGCCCAUUUACUCUCAAUUUCAGCAAACUGGCCCUUUAGUGUAUAAUCAGUCACCAAAGAGCCCCUAAACCUAUGACGUUUGCCUUUUUAGCUCAUGCAAGAGAAAGUAGAAAGUAUAGAUCCAUGGAAACGACAAUUCAGUCCACUAUGAUCAGAGGCAAAAGUAGGAAUGAUACCUUCCAAUAUUAAGGUAGCUCUUAAAGCAAUACUGUGUAGCACCACUGCACUCAUGGAUCUAGUAUGUACGACGCUUUUUCAGUUGAUGUUGGGCAACAGAACAUAAAAGCCCUUUUAUAUUCUCUUGUGUUAGGAGAGAAUGCUAUCCAGAAAAUGCCCAAUUAUUAGUGUAACAAAUUAUGGUCAAUUAAAGAUCAUAACGAGUAACCUUAGUAACGGUAUAACAUAUGAUAAACGCCCCUAGUUUUGUGGGGUAGGACAGGGGGUGGGAACCGGGAGAAUCAGGAAGCAGGAGAGGAAAGAGUUGGAGGUGGGAGUUCUAUAAAAGCAGGAAGCGGGAGAAAUAGGGGGAAAUUAUGCAACAAUGCUGAAAGGUUGGCUGCAAUCGAAAAGAGCUAAACUGAGCAAGAAGAAAAGGGGCAGGAGACAAAAUUGCAAACUACGAGAAGGGGGAGGUUUAGCUUCAAGCGUGGGGGACUGAGCUUAAUGACUGUCAUCAUCUAUUAUGGAAAUGUGUGGUAUGUGUAGAGUUAACUUUUCGCAAAGUUUUAAAACACGUAUAAGGUUUGGGUGGGUUCAGAGCCCCUUUAAAUUAUCGAGACAUUAAAGCAGUCUGAGCCCAUUAUUGUUUAGGAAAAGGAUAAUUCUUGACGUGCUCAUUACAAUUCCAGAAUAAAAAAAUGGGAGUUAAGUUAACACCCCUUAAACCUUAGCUAAUAACAGGUUUAAUAUAAUUUCUAAUGACAAACAAAUAUUAAACACAAUUUGUUUUUUUAACACCUUCAAGUUAUAGUGUCAAAUGAAAAAGCUAGUAUUGUAGCGAUGAUCAAUCAAAGCAGAGGUGUUAAAAAUAUUGAACCGUUGUGAACGGCAUUUCGCUACAAAAGAGAAGACACAUUCAAGUAAAAUGUGCUUUUGUAUUUUUUUAAGUGCAAACUUCCUGAGUGUAAUAAUUGUCAGGCCCGGUUUUCCCUUCCCAAUUCGCACUUAAGUUACGUACAUAACUGUGGUGAUCUUUUAAGUGUUAAAUAUUUCUGUCGGUAUUAUCACUUCUGAGGAACCGGGUCCUUCGAAAUGAAAUUUUUGUCCUACUGCUGAUUUUUUUUCUUUACAAAGUUUCUCUUAAAAAAGUUUUUAUAAUUAGGACUAACUUCUAAAAGAGACGGUUGAUUGUUAAUCCGUAAAUACAGCGUACUUGUUCCUCAAAAACUUCUGUUACGUAACAGCUAAAUCAUAAGUCUUCGGUACUGAAAUUGAAAACGGGACAUGUUUAAGACUUUUAUGGUACUAAGGUUAUUAAUUUCUUAAGUGAAAGAUUCCAUACCUUUCUUCUUUGAUACUCUUCUAUUUGUUCUUAGUUGCGGCCACAAGUACUCUGCCGCUUAUAAAACGCGAUUCAUACGAGCUUUGUUUCCUAUAUUAUUCAAGUUUUUUUUCAAACAAGAAUCUCCAUAAUCAUGCUCAGCUGCUCAGGGACAUGGAAAUGAAUAUUUAUAGAUUUAGGGAUGGAUCUAUUGGAAAGUAUUUGAAAAGUAUUGUUUUGGAAUUAAAGAAGGUACUGAAAACAAGUCAGUGGUAUCUAGAAAUUGGAGGAAUUUAAGUUCUACAAAUAUGAUGUAUAAUUAGUAGUCCCACGGCAAAAAUAUAAAUGUUUCCUCAACAAUAAAGUCAACACACAAACUGGGAUCAAUAAAAACCUGCAGCAUUUGGCGCCCAACUGUUUACCAACAGCUGUCAAUCAAAACUUUUCCGACCACAUCUUGUUAGUUUGACAAACAACAACAAUGCCAAAGUUGAAUGAACGCCUUGUUGCUGAGUCAUAUAUGAUGUGCGUCAGAGAACAUGACUAAGCGAAACAACCCCUCUUCUAAAAACAAAGUUAGUUAAAUCCCGAUGAAUAUGAGGGUUUGCGGUCGUUUCAAGUCUUAACUCCGGCUCAAAAAAAAAAGGUUUCUGUUUUUAGGCAAAAUUCUGCAAUUUUUAUUUCUACGACAAAAAGAAAAGAAGCGAAGAAACCUGAAAUCAUAGCAAUAUAUUUGAUGAAAAAAAUCCUGAUUUUUUACAUUUCUUUAUUCAAAGCGACCAAGGACUUUCAAAGGAAAAAGCUAAGGAUCAAAGGAAUAAACUUCCGUAGGAAGAGUGUUCAACCAGAUGUCUCUAGACUUUCCAGGCUUGACACGCAUGUUGCAUAUUUACCGAACAAAAUAAAGACUUGUCAUUUAUCUUGCCAGAAGGAAUGUUUCGUACGUAUUUAAAAAGAGAAAACUGUAGAACGGUUCCAUGACAAUUACGUAAAUUUUGUAAACAAAUACGCACACUAGUAAUUGUUUAUUAAGGCAAAGAAUUUUGCCGAGUCAUAUGUAAAGCCGCUUGCUAAAUAGAGCGUGGAACAGUGUUUUUGAGCAUAGCGGUAUUUAUGACUUUACUAUCAAGAGAAAACGUUUUACGAGGGAGAUGAAUAAAUAACAGUGUAUAUUUAACUUACCAGUAACACUGCUUUUAUAAAACCUGAGUUUAACUGGCUAUGAAAGAUAUGCUCACGUGGUAUGGGAAUGAAGUCACGUUAUAGGUCGGAUAUUGAUAAUUAUCUUAACACUUGGACGUCAAACAAAGCGUAUUCAAUAGCCUAGAGCUCAUUGAAAUAAGCAUCAUUUGCUACGAACCGGCAGUCUUAGAAGGGUUGAAUUAAGAACAGCAUCUGUUUCGUGUCAGUUAAACCAGCAUAGGUAAGUUACUGAACCACGAGCAAAUUGAUUCGUUUUGUGAAUAACUCAACUCACUAAAACUCCGUUUCACACAUUGAAAGAUCUCAAUUACGACCGUGCGCUUAUAACAACUUACUGAAAACAUCUUUGUAAACAAUUUAAGGUAACAUUAGAGCACGCAAGCGACACUUACAGUUCCAAGAUUGAACAAUACAUUCCAUGUUGACUAAAUAUCUCUCUUAUUUGAUUAACAAUGCCAUCAGCGAUUUAAGUUCUUGAAUUGAAAAACCUUUUUUUGCGGUUCUAUUGAAGAAAACACCAUUGCUGUCACUUAAUUUCUUGCAUUGAGGCUGUAGUUUAAGCCCUACCGCUGCUUCACGCGGAGUAGCAUCUGGAAGAAAAAAAAAAAAGCAUUAAUUCUAAUUCGAUCGUCCAUCUCGCUGAACUAAACCGCUCCAUAGUGGCUUCAUCAGGUCACUCCAAACUUAGCAGUAAUAGAGUUUUGUUGUCUACCAAAAAUUAGUGAAAGUUUUCUUUUCCUACUCAAUGCACAUCUAUGCUAGAACAUGAAAUAUCUGCCCUUAAACCUAGAUCUAUGUGACCGGUCAGCCCGCUCAUAGUAAACGAGCCGGUCUCUGCGCAUGAAGUCAAACAACCCGGCAACAAAACCAAGCUAAGGAGGAUUGAAAAAAGUUCAUUUUAGCAGCAAAUGUCUGCUAUGCAGCUUAUUUCUUUGUCAAGGGUCCCCAGGUGUCUCUCGCCGUCGUUGAUUCUAAUUUUUAAGAGUGUUCCAAUGAUUUCCUUAUGAUACAAGGAGCUACAAGGUGUUUUAAUCUGCGUUCUUACAUGAUAGCCCUACUCUGUAUCGACUAAAUAUAAUUGAACAUUACUUUAUCACGGGAUCCUAAAGAAUUCCGUUAUAUUCUGGUACAAAUAUACGGCAACUGUGCCACGUUAGUUUUUCGCCUUAAUUCAUUAAAUAUAUUUUUAAAACGAGGAGCACUGCCUCAAACUGAAGAGGAAGAUAAAUGUUUCCUAGAAUGGCGCUGAUAGUCUUUUGUUAAUCACUCUUUCAUUGAUAAAUUCUUUACGUCCUCUCACUUUAAAUUAAUCUAGAUCAAUGAAAGAUGCUAAAACUCUAUGUCCAUUUUUUGUCACUAUGUUUUUUAAACAGCCAAUAUAAAAAGACAAGAGCAACAACAACAAGACUUUCUAUAUCCAUUGCUUUGAGUCCGGAGGCAGUAUACUGUCCAGAAAAUAAGAGCCUUCAAGUUCUAGUGUUUCAACUUGCGUUUCCCGCUAAGAUUGUUUGCAAAAAGCCGAAAGUCUAGUUAAACCUAGCUAGAUCGAUAAAGUUUUUGAAUGUGUUUUACCGUAUCAACUUACUUGAGUUCCGUUUAUCAGUGUGUAUGCAAAUACAGGAAAACUAGGCAACGAUUUUUUCAAUUUGCGUCAAUCGUCAGAGGAUUUGGAAAGAUCGAUAUUGCUCACCGAUUAUUUUCCCGUUUGUCCUAAUUUCGCGCGUCUUAAUUAAUUGUCAAAGGAGAAUCUGCAUAAUCUGCAUUGAAUUAGAGUGUAAAGCCUUCAGUAGGUUUUUUUAAAGUAUUAUCGCAAUUGCCUCUUUAAAAAAUUUAUUCGGUUCGUUUUAUAGUUAUAAACAUCAUAUCGCUAAAUCGCCAGUGCAUGCUGAAAUAAAGUUUUUUAAUUCUUGCAAAUUUCCAAAAAAAAUACAUUCGGAAUUUUUUUUCAGUUUUAGUCGUAUACCAUGAAAAUCAACCCAAAAUCGCUUUAAAAAAUUGUAUACCAACAUUCUUAAAAAAAGUAAGAGAAGGGUAAGAGAAUCACGGCUCUGAAUCUUUGAGGCUCGACAUACAUUGUAAGCGUUCCGUUCUAUUUUCCAGAACGAAUGACUUCUAGAUGUCUUGUAGUUGUUGUUUUUCUUUUUAGAUGUAAGUAGUAAAUACUAAUUAACGUCUUAGAUAUCCUCUUAAAGUUCCUCAGUGUUCAAACGUUUAACGUUUUAAGCUGUCCGGUCAAUUUUUUCCCCAUCCAAUUUACGGAUUAAGGGCCGGGUCUCUUUUUGACUUGCAAUUGCUCUUACUACCGUUUGACAAUUAAUCUUUUGGUUAUCUGUUUAAACGGAUAUGCAAACCGUUUAAACGCUUUAAAUGCCCGUUUACUAUCUGUUUACAAUCCGUUAAUUCUUACCCGUUUAACGGUGAAAAUCCUGCAUGUACCCAAUCUUUAAACAUCGUCCGAAUAUUGAAGAAUAAAGGAAUCCAUUACGAACUAAAUAAGCCGUGAGGCAGUUUUCACAGUCGAUAACAACUUUAGUGGCAAAAGACCGACUCAAGUAGAUUAAGGUCUGGUUCUAAGCAAGAGAGAAUGAUCUAUGAUGAGCUCAUUCUCUCUUGUUCUAGCUCAUUCGUGAUUUUUUACGCACGUUUUCCAAAAACCAUUUUUAAAGACAUCUGAGAAGAAUAAUAGUCGGUAAAAAGUAAACCAAACCUAACAAUAAUCUUGAAAAAAGAAAUCCAAACCACCUCAGUAAUGUAAUCGACCACGCCCUCUAUUGUUAAAAAAUUGAACCAACGAUACCACCACUUGCUAAACGUUUAGCAACAGUUUCUCUAGAUCUGUAUCAAAACAAAGUGUCUACGAAAUCAGCUCGGAAAGGCUCAAAACGUUACAAUUUGUUGGUGCAAUUGGUGUCCAUUGACUAGUGCCAGUCCUCCUCUUAUGAUCUCUUUCCGCAGCUUAUGCCAUCACUCGGUUCAGUCUAUUUAAAAUGAAACUCAGUAACUGGGUAUUCGGAUGUUCAGUUGCUUGUUGCUAAUUUUUUGGGUUUAAUUUUUUGUUAGCCAUGUUACCUUACCGACACCUUUUGGAUCAUCAUGCACCUGAACCCGAAAAAUCAACAGCGGAACCUGAGCCGGACACUAUCAUGCCAGAGAUAAUGACCAAUCAGGAGGCUUUCCUCAUGUAUGGAAUCUUCAUCUUCGCUCUUGCCGUUUUCUGCGUCGUUUUGUUGGUUAUGUACAUCCUCCUUAAGAAGAAGUAAGCAUAAUAAAUAUGAAAAGUUUGGCUUUUUUAACACAAACACCGCCGGAACGCUGGCUGCUCAGUUUAUAACGUACCUUUUACCACAGUGGAGCUGUCUUUUUCUUUUGUUUACCAAGCAACCGUCACCAAUUCCCGUCAUGCACACAUAUCGUCUCCACCUCUGAUACAUGAGUGAAUAGCCAGUUGUCAGGCAAAUAACCUUUCACUUCAGCCUGGUACAUGUUUCAGCACUCUACUUUCUAAUUCCUUUCUCCUGGCUAGUGUGUGUUAAGUAGUAACACUGGUUUUCUGUCUUUUUUAGAGUUAACAGUUUAACUGAAAAACUUGGAUACGGGCAAGGUCAUAUGCAGAUGGGUAUGGCUGAGAAAAAAGGUUUGUUUCUUUGCUUGUGUUUGCUGUAGUUAUUAUUUUUUUUUGUCAUCAGUAAAUAAUUCAAUCAUGAUAUGGCUGGUUCUGCUAGCGAGCAAGAUAACCCGUAUCUUGCUGGCUUUCUUCAGAAGAAAAAAGUUUUCGACCAUGAAUAAUAUAGAUCCUCUUUCAACCCUUAUGACUGGAUGGAUAUGUAUAGGACUCAUUCUGAUCUAGUAGCCAAUAACUUUGACUAUCUUGACAGUCUAUUAUACACAUUUUAAAUACAACAAUAGGGCCAUUAUUCGAGGGAAAAUAAGAAGCGUCCUUCAUUAGACGCGUCCUAAAUAAGAUGCAAACUAUCCCGUAUAAACGGCACAUUAAGACGCGACUAAGCAAAAACGCGUCUUAUCGAAGAACAUGUGUUAGGGGCUCUUCUUAGGUAAGACGCGUCUUAGCUAAAUUUCAAACGAAAUGUGCCGUUUAUACCGGAUAGUUUAAGUCUUAUUCAGGCUGAGGCGUCCUAUGUAAGACGCAUCUUAUUUUUCCUCGUCUAAACGGCCCGUAAUGUGCUUUUUAUUUGUUUGCUGUUGUCAUAUCGAUUUAAUAGCAGUUGUUGUAGAAAGUGGUAUUCUGCUGUAUUAUUAAAAGCAGAGUUUUAUCGUAAAGAAAUUUCUCGACUGGCCGUUCUUAAAAUCCUGGUUAGCCUAGUUCAAGCAAGUGAGCCUUAAAAAACUUAGCAGGUUAUUGUGCUUAGUACACGGAAAUUGAGUGCGCAAUCUGCGCAUUUUGUUACUCGAGAUUACGGCAAGGUUGAUUCUGGUUCAAAUCAGUAACAAUUUGAUUUAAAACCUUCCUUCUUAUUUUUAACAGGUUAUAUUGCUUGAAUCUGAGGAGAUAUUUCAAUCGAUGGUUGUUUGACCUUCAAACUGAUGUGUAGUCUAGAAGUUUACUGAACUGACCACGAACAUGGAAUUCGCACCCUUAUUCAGUGUUUUAAUGACCGCCACAUCGUGUGUUUGUUGGCGAGAAUUAUAGACAAAGAGUUUCUUGAACUAAACAAAGACGAUUUCAAAAGUGUUGAACCGUACUAUUGCCUGUAAAAAUUUCUAGAGCAUUUAUGUUGUUUAUAAAUUUGACCACAAGCAUUUUAUUGUAAUUGUACAGUGAAACCUUGAUAUAGCGAAAACCCCUGCGUAUGAAGUCUAGUGAUAUAAUUCUUUGUCCCAGUUAUAGAGAAAUGUAUAGCAUAUGGCCUGUUAAUGUUAAGCGAACGCUCCUUUUUUAUAACAAACGUAUUUUCCUCUAAUUAAUCUCAGUGUGUCUUUCCACUUAAUAUUGGGAUUUUACUGUACAAUUAUAUUCAGCAUUACUUUUAGUAUUUAUACCAAGGAUAGUUAUAAACCAAGAAAUGAUGAAUAAAAAACAAUUAGCAAAUACUGUUUCUUUCACUGAAGAGAGUCUGGCUUUAAUAAAAUCGAAAGAUGGAUGUUUUUAUUAUUUGGAACAUUUGUUGUAAAAUUUCUUGCUUGCAUGCCUCUCCUAGGAUUUUCGAACAUAUAAAAGAUGGCAUACUUGCCCAUUUUUAACUCAUUUUUACCCUAAAAAGUUCACCUAGAAUUUUCGGGAGCCUAUUUUCUGGCUAAAAUUUUCGAAAAGGUAAGUUUUGAUCCCUAUAAUUUUCGGAUCACUAGAUUGUCAGCUAGGAAAUCCGAACAGAUGAAAAAUUUUUAGGGGAUAAAAAUAUGCCUAAAUGUACCGUUUAAAUACUAAAAUACAUUCAACAAUGCUAUGUUUAAGUGGUUUUGAACUAUAUUCUCGUUGGGUGCCCCUGAUUAAGGGGAAAAUUUGGUCGCGUGGUACAAAUUCACGUUUGCCGUUUGGCGUAAACGUGGGCUGAAUCUUAAUCUCUUUAAUGACUAGCGACCUUGAGCGGACUAAUCUUGCUCUUAAGUAACUAUUAAAUACCAAUUGAAGCAGCCCAGAGUUACUCAAGACACGUUCUGGCCUUUCCAACUAAAUGUCGGCAGUUUUCCUUGCUUUUUUUGAUGCCUUAACCGCACAAAUUCCCUAAACCGACAACAACAACAUACUGGCUCAUCCGGCUUAAACCCGGGCUGCGUUGUUAAAUUCCGACUUAAGUUUCUUUUAGGCCGCGCGCAAGGGAGAAAACGUUUGGAAACACCUCCAUAGUAACACGCCGCUUCGGCUCAUAGUUUACUUUUUCAUGAACAUUUUGAUGACUGCAAUAUCCUAUUAUGCACUUCAGUCUAGUAAUGUGCAGAGAUAGUGAAAAUGAAGCGAAAAACACACCAGUCCAUUUCCUUCCUCAGAUUACGCGCGUCUUAUUUUUGCUUGGCUAAUUUUUGACUAUUUUUGCGACCUCCCUACUAUCUGAGAGCCUGGCGCAGUUUGUUAGUUGCUUAAUUUUUUUCUCUUUGUUAUUGGGCAGCAGGGGCGGAUCCAGGACUUUUUUUAGGAGGGGGUGCACUCAUCUCUUGCUCUACUUCAACACCAAUGAACCACAUACUUUUUUUUUGCAGAAUACCAGUUGCAUUAGAUAACCGCAGGUCAUCUUGGGGGGGGGGGGGGGGGCAUCCCCUGCACCCUCCCCCUAGAUCCGCCCCUGGGCAGUGUGUUUAUCACGAGGAUUUUCGAUUUUCCUGUUUCUUCGCUCAAUCGCUCCCAAAGACAUUUGCUCAUUGAGUAUUUUUUAAGAAAACCAGACGUCUAUCCUAGUUUCAUUUCAUCUAAAAUUAAAUGACUUUUAAAUUUCGAACAGGCCAUUUUUGCAUGGUGGAUUUUCAUCGAUCGAAACACAUACGCUAAACUUUUAUGAGCGUUAAAUCGUCAGGAGACAUCACCCCUUCAAUCCGAAAGUCAUGGACCUUCUGUAGCUCGUACCUGUAAGAGCAAGCAAAAAUUCCAAUAGCCUUUCUCUUCAGUCAACUUCAUUUUAAUAGGGUUACUUCAAAUGCUCUUUUUUACGACGGCCAUCUUGUUAUGCGCAGUAAGAGAUGCGCAGUGCAGAACCAGUGAAUCACCUUAAUUACUGAGAGAACUCGUAAACAUGCCAUUAAGUCCACUUCAAGACCCAUCAUUAGCGGCAGUUAUCAUCAAUGUCUAUUAAGGAAGCGUGUUACCUAGUUACUUGGCAUUCAAGAGUAUUUUUGCGUAGGAUGACCUCACUUCUUAAUAGUAUGUAUUUGUCUUUAUGCUGCAUUGAGCUGUCAGGGAGACGGUUACGACGUUUUGUGCGGUCACGUGGUAAACGUAAUAUUGUUCCUCUAUUCAUGGGUUACGCACGCCAAGCAACAAAAAUCCAUUCGGUAUUUCAAUCAAAACAACCCCUUACUUGUUCUGAACUGGAGUUAAGAGUUGCAUUAACACCAAGUACUAACGGCUACUCCCUUAAAAAGGUAAGCGUUUAGUUAGUUGCUCAAACAUGGCUUCCUUCAAAUCGGCGUCCUCGAAUGUUCGCGACUAGGUAAAAGUCAUGCAUGGUCAAUGUUAGAAAGUGCAAUGCAGCCGUUCAUGUAUGAAAAUUAUCCAUAGAUGUGUUAAGGGUUUUAGCUUUUUUUUUUUUGUAAAUUAAGGGCAAGCACGCGAGAUCAUCACUGAGUUAACGCUAGACAGAAAAUUGUCUGUGUGUGUGUAAAUUGGCAUUUAUCAGGCAAUCCAUUCUUGUUGGGGCGAUUCCUUAUGGUAAGAGAGGAACUGUGUGGCCCAAGUUUCUUUAGAAUGUAGUCAAGUUUAGCUUUUUGCAACCGCAUGCACUGGAAUACAUAAACGUAAUUAAACCAAACUAUCUUACCCCUUGGUUUUGCGGGGCAGAUUGACUGCAUUGACAUCAUGACAUCAUACAUGUAUAUCUCCGAUAAUUAGUCAGUUAUGCCGCGAACAAACAUGCAGCUAUCUAUUUAUUCUGCCAAGUGUGACAGUGGUAGUGGUACCGGCAGCUUGUAUUUCCAAAUCAGCUUAUUCUCAGCGAACAAACAUAACUAACAUUCUGAGCUUUCAGGUAUCAGAACUCUUCUUCUUCAAAAUUAGAUCACAUCAUUACUUACUUUUUUCAAAAUGAUUUUAAUAUUUCAACCCCGACUGACAGAGCAGCAGCAGAAGGUGAUUUGUUUCACUCCUUGCAAAAUAAGCUAACUUUCAGUAAUUUGAACAGGUCACCUGGAGCCCCUUUCUUGAAAGUCCCUGUAACUUUCCGGGCUAGAAAAAAUAUAUAUAUUUAAAUCCAAAUUUUAAAAGUAGCCAACUAACAAAUCAACAAACCAAAAAUCUAGUCCAUUUUGUCUUGGUAACAGAUAGUUUUACAAUGUUAUCUGCAAGCUGGCAAAUGAAACCUCGAUCUUCAAUGUAAACAACAACAGCUUUCCGCAAAGAAUUGAAUGGCUGUUCCCACGGUGUUUUCAUGAAAUUAGCUAGCUGUGUCUUGGCCUACAACACCCUCUGAAAGAGGACAUGAAAGUUUCCACUCAGUCUUGAAAAACAGUCAGAUACUUUGGCAAGAAAUCGGUGUGAGGAAUUUGAAAAAUCAUUUCACUAGACUAAGAGAAUUAUUAUUAAAAAAAUAAUUCUCUACACUGGUUUUCUUCGUCCAUUCGAUUAGGAUGUUAUCAUUUCAAAUAAGUAGUUAGUUUAUAGAUCAACAUCCAACCAUCGAUCGACAGUCACCGUUUUCUUGUUUAUUUGUCGAAUUAUUCGGAGUUUAUUUGAGGUUUAAAUGUUUGCGGUUUUCUAAAUUAUAAACCGUGAAGUUGCUUUUUAUGUACAGCAACGCCUCAAAGGGGAAACCGUCAGUAUACCGGUACGUCUGGUAGCUCCGACCUGGGCUUUUUUUUCGUCGUCUUUUUUUGUCUUCAAUCUCCCCUCUACAUUCAAUUAAUUUUUAAUUUAGAAAUAAAACAUUCAUCAUCACAUUAAUAUCAUUGCGCUUAAUACAGUUAACUUCUUAUUCCAAGAAAAAAGAAAAACAUUCGCGCGUUUAUCCAGCUGGGCGCUACAUCGCAGAAAGAUAUUCAGUCCUUAAUUUCAAGUAAGAAGCACGUAGUACUUGGCUCUGAUAAAAGGUAUUUAUUGAUAGCCAUGUUUCAUCUUCGACGCCUAUUGGAAGAUCCCGAGCCUAAAUCUGCCCAAAUUGCAACUGGGGAGCCACGGCCAGAGAGACCCUUCAAUACUCCUGAGAAUGAGCCUCACUGGUAUAAAUCCAGCCAUGAACCUGAGCCCAAUACCAUCAUGCCAGAGAUCAUGACCAAUCAAGAAGCUUUCCUCAUGUACGGCAUUUUCAUCUUUGCUCUUACUGUUUUCUGCGUCGUGCUGUUGAUUAUGUUCAUCUACUUAAAACAGCAGUAA